CCAACACUGCCGUAGCACAUAUGGCUAGCUGUUAGCUUAUACCUGCUGGGGACAGUGGGAUAGGAGUCGCCACCGAGAACAUCUAACUUUAACGCUGCCCGUCCACUUUUUAAAAACUGCAGGAACAGAACUUAAAUCGGGAUGUGCUCCGUCGUCGGCUGUGAUUCGUGGCGUCGCAGUGCGCAUCGGUUCAAGUUACCGGAGGAUCCAGAGAGGAGACUGGAGUGGGUUCAGUUCCUGUUUGAAGUCAACGGGCAACGACUUAAAGAAUCGUCCUGCACCGAUAUCACCAUUUGUAGUGAACACUUUACUGAUGACUGUUUUGAAAACCUGACCCCGACUGGCAUGGUCCAGCUGAAGCCCAGUGUUGUCCCAUCACUGUGUAUCAAGCCAGAGCCAGACGAACCUCUGGAGAGCCCACAAUAUGUGGAGCCUGUGGAAGCCACAGACUUUGCUCGUCAGUGUGAUGACCUUAACACAUGUAAUAGUCCAACUUCCUACUCUGAAAAAUCAAAACAUACUCUAACAGGCUCCUCAACAAGUCCUGUGUCAAGUGGUGUCUCGGUGUCAUAUUCACCUGAUGUUUCAAAUGCUUUUGCCUCUGGAUCUGACCAGAGGCAACAAAAAGCCAAGAAUAUUGAUUUGAACAGGGAAAAAGCUGCGCUUCUGCAGAUGAAAGGAAAGUUGGUUGUGAAUGAAAGCUGCCUCCUCCAGUUGUUCCGUCGCAAGUGCCCGUCAUGUGGCUGUAAACUUCAGAUGGAGAAGGUCACCUAUGGGGCGCUCAUCAUCUUGAAGCAACGGUGCCUUCAGUGUGAGUACAGAUACCAGUGGAAAAGCCAAGUCAAUGCCAGCGUCCCGACAGCUGAAGAUCAACACCUGACAGGAGGCGCAGCAGCAACUCCAGAGACCCAACAGCAAAUUCCAACAGAUGACAACUUCAGCAGUACAAGUUUCUCUGAGAUCGUUACUUUUAGUGAUGAAGAAAGUGAUCCCUCAGAUGAAGGAGAGGAGGGUGAGGAAGGUGGGAUGAGUUCAGAUGGGGAAUGGAAUCCAACUGAGGAUUUUAUGCUAGCUGAAGAGCUCACAAAGGAGUCUGAAGAGGAAAGCGAAGAUGAAGGCGACGAAGAAGAAGAUCUGGAUUCCCCGGGUGGCCUCAAAAUUAAUGAGCUCUGCACAGAGUGUGGAAGUUUUUUCAAUAUUCUGAAGCCUCACACAUGUGAGCACAAAAUAAAGCCCUAUUCCUGCAAUAUUUGCGGCAAAAGAUGUGUUACCGAGACAUCUCUAAAAACUCACAACAAAAUCCAUGAUGAAACCUAUGAACAUCCUUGCAAGUACUGCCACGUUACCUUCAAAACAAGGGUGGACAAACUUAAACACGAGCAGACCCAUCGAGAUAGAAAAGAUCCCUAUAAAUGUCCUGACUGUCCAGAGACAUUUGCCACCAGUAAAGAACGCAGUAUCCACCUGGCAAAUCACAGAACCCAAAAGGAGUUCAAAUGUGGAGUUUGUGGGAUUGAAUUCAAGGAUGUACAUCAUCUUCGGAGACACUCUGUUGUGCACACAGGAUUGAAACCCUACAAGUGUUCAGUGUGCCAACGUGGCUUCAGCCAGACGAGUCACCUGAAGUCCCACAUGCGUCUGCACACAGGGGAGAGGCCUUUUAAGUGUCAGCAUUGUGACAAAAGCUUCAAUCACAACGUGAGCUUGAAGAGUCAUGUCCAGCGUUACCACAAGUCGAGCUCCGGACGUGAACGGAAGAAAGAAAAGAUAAAGGAAAGGGAAAGUGACACUGGUGAUGCUGAGGACAAUGGGAAUAAGAAAGACACAUACUCUGAGUCUGACAAUGUAGAAGAAGAACAAGACACAGAAGAGGAGGUGCAGAAGGAGAGAACAGAUAUGCCAAAAAUUAAAAAAAAGAGGAGCACAGGUAGGCCCAGAGGAAGGCCGAAGAGAAAUGCAGCAGGCAGCUUGGUUCUGGCAGGGCAAAAAAAGGACCAUCGUUCAAACAUUGCAAAAUCAAAGGGGCAGAAGUUAAAGAAAACAGGUUCCAGCAAUGAGGAAAGUGAGGACAAGCCAUCAGACAGUGACAUGUCCUUUGACUCAGCAGAAGUGGAAGAAGAAGAAGAGAAGGAGACGGUGAGGAAGAGCACGGGGAGAUCAAGAGGAAGACCAAAAAAUGACAGUGACACUGAUUUUGACCCAGAGGAGGAAACAAAGAAAAAGAGAUACAGCAGCCAGAGCAGUGGUAAGCGCUCAGGGAAACGUAGGGGCAGACCGAAGAAGAAUGUCAUCUAGAUUAAGAAUUAAUUUGGUGUGGCAAUUGUGAAAAUAAAGAAGCCAUUUAGAUUGGGGGGCUAUAGAGAACUGGAUUGGUAUCUCUUGAGUAGAUAUAUUAAAACAAUUCUGAAUAUGAGAAACAAAACAUCUACAUAGGCCAGCGUCUUUCUCAAUUAAAUCGUCUUUUACUGUUAAAGUUCUAGUGUGUAACAUUUAGGAGGAGCUAGUGGCAGAAAAGGAAUAUAAUAUUUAAAGUGUAUGUAUACGUAUGUUUUCAUUAGUGCAUAAUCGCCCGAGAAUAAGAAUUGUAUUUUCAUUAUCUUAGAAUAAGCUGUUAUAUCUACAGAGGGAGCGGGUUCCCUUCCACAGAGAACGCCAUGUUGCACCGCCACGUUUCGAGUUUCAUGGCCACCGUAGUUUCUCGUUCACACUUGGAAGGGGAGGGUGAUGCGAGCGGUAUUCAAAUGGUUGCAAACUGCAAUUUCACCGCUAGAUGCCACUAAAUCCUACACACUGGACCUUUAAGACCUAAUGUUGCUUUGAUUUUCAGAUACUUUUCAGAUACCUGUUGACCGAUGUAUAGACCAUGGAAUUAAAUUGGAAAAAGUGGAUUAACCAGGACUGAUGUUAAGUCUUUGCAAGAAAAACAAGUCAGUGUUUGUUCAAAAUCAAUAAUGUAAGAAGUUAUUUAGCUUGAUAAAUGGUUUUGCUACCUGUCACCAAUGAGACCAACCCUCUCAGAUGAUUUGAUAUCACUAAUAAUGGAUAGACGGGCAGUAAUGGAGGUAACUGCAAAUUACCUUUGGAAAAUGUGGGUCACUAAAUGUAGAAAUGUUACUGUUUGGGAAAUGUGUACUCUAUUCAUGUAUUGUAAUAAUAAUAAUGUCAUCGUCAAGCAAAAAAAUACCUUUAUAAUGAAGUCAGGGCACUUUGGCACAGUCAAUUUCUAUCUUUUCUUAUUCACUAUAAAUCUGUAUAAUUAAGUAACUGAAUAUAUUCAGAUAGCAAUUCAUUGUUACGUGUUUUGUUUUUUGAAUCAUUACACAAUUUUACCUGUUGACUAAUAAAUCAGACUCAAUCAAUGAACAUGUUCUCUUACACAAUACCUUCAAAUCUAUAGAAACAUAUAGUUUGUUAUCUCUUGUUAUAUCUUGAUUGUAAGUUUUGGGGUGUUAAUAAAAAAAAAUGACGGUU